AAUUUGGCAAGGCAACGUUAGGAGCCCAGCGUGUCUUUGUAUUACUUCCACCAAUGGCUGCUAAUCGACAACACACUUAUCCGACAACCCCAAUACGAGCUAAUUCAUUCUAGUCUUUAUGGUUUAUACGCCUGAACAUUCUUCAUUCUUUAGGUUCUGAUACCGGUACAGUAAAGAAAAUGACCGCCGCUGCCACUCUUCCUAUUCGGCAAUUUGCUAAGGAAAUUUUAGCCGCAAUAGAAUGCAAUGACGUCAUUGUGGUGAUCGGAGAAACUGGCUCCGGCAAAACUACGCAGCUGUCACAAAUCCUCUAUGAGGCAGGCUACGCUUCAGACGGCAUCAUUGCUGUCACCCAACCGCGGCGCGUGGGUGCGGUAAGUGUCGCCAAGCGUGUGGCUGAGGAGCGGGGUGUGGCGCUGGGUCGCGAGGUGGGGUACGCGGUGCGCUUCGAGGACUGCUGCUCGCCCGCCACCCGCAUCAAGUACCUCACGGACGGCACCCUGCUGCGGGAGUGCCUGGAGGACUCGCAGCUGCAGCGCUACUCGGUGAUUGUGCUGGACGAGGCUCACGAGCGCUCCCUCAACACCGACAUCCUGUUCGGCCUGCUCAAGCAGCUGGCGGCGGCACGCAAUGCCGCAGCGGCAGAGGCGGCGGCGGCAGCAGCCGGGCAGCGAGGGGAG